AUGGACAAACCUCUCACACCAACUAGCGUUGAAAGUGACGAUUCGUGGCCUGAGUUUUCCGAGGCAGAAUUGCAGUGCUAUCAGCAGUGCUAUCAGGAGUCGAUCGAGAAUUCCAUCACAUCCCCGGAUGGGCAGAUGACUCUUCAGGACCACAGACAGACUUGCACCGAUGGGCUUGUCGAAAAGUCUGAGGCUACUGCUGAGGCUCCCAAGCCCGGUGCGUCGUCCGAGUCGGAACUGCUUUCCACCUGGGGAUACAUCGAUCGUUCUCCCGACCCCCCUCCAAAGCAGCCCAAAUCCCUUCCAGACUCGACCGAGUUCGCCAACCUGAAGGGGAGAAAGCAGACUUACUCUGUUCGCUUUGCCGAGGAUUCCGAUAUCGUCUCUGAUGUUGUUUGGGCUGUUGUAAGUUCUACGCAGGAGUUGCAGAAGCGAUUUGAGAGAGAGCCCUCUUGCGAAACCGCGGAUUUUACAUUCUUUCGGUGUCGGGUGAUAUGGCAUCUGCAGGAAUCAGUAUCAGCUAUAAUCGCAAACCUCAGAUUCCUGGACGACGACCCGGCUCUUUUGGAGAUGCUUCACAACCGUCUUGGCAGAGAUAUAGGGAUCGUUAAAGCUCGACUGAGUAUUCUAGAGAGUGAGAAGCAGUGUCAUCGAGAUCUUCUCUCGAGCCUUGAGUCACGCUUGUCUGAGUUGGAGACCAAGGUGAAGGGACUACAGGCCUGUCGCAACCGUGAGAUUGUGGAAGUGUAUGAAGAUGACGAGGAGGCUUUACUGGAAGAUCGUGUUGAGAGUCAGAGUUGGAUGGGAACUGAGAUUGAGGCUCAACUUUAG